AUGAACGGCCCGAGGAGUCGAGCACGAGACGGCUCUCACCAGCACCAACAGCUUCACGCAAAGGACGUCGCCCGCCCGUCCACACCCCCGCCCGCCUAUUCUCCGAGCAGAUUCGUCGACGUGCGGACCGUCAUGGCACGCCAGCUCGCGCAUUCGAGACAGGCGCAGCCGCAUGCCCUCGUCGUCGACAGCACACCCUGCGUCACGGCCGUGUCCGACUACGGCAGCGACGGGGAAAGCGCGCCGAUCCACUUCCAGAUCAAGACGGCCGUCAAGGUGGCGAGCAACAACAACCUCGUCUGCCUCGGCGGCACCCCCGCCGACUGCGCCAACGCCGUGGCCGCCUCGUUGGCCAAGGCGAUGCGCGACUACAGCGCCGGCCACUGCGGCAUGCCCAUGAUCGACGAGGACGGCCGCCCUCGGCCGAUCCGCCUCGUCGUCGACGCCGGCAUCACGGUGGAAGGAUCCGGCAACAUCCUCGGCGACGAAAAGGUGGUCAUGGAGGUGCUCCGGCAGAGGGGAAAGACGCUUCGUCGUGGCCGCGAUGAUUUGGACGACCAAGGGGAAGCCGUCGCCGCCGCCGGUCCCUCGAAGCGAAAACGCUCCGGUGGCGAGUAG